AUGGGCAACGUUAACAGCGGACUUUUCCUCCAUGGCGAGUGCCAGUCCGAGACGUCGUCGACCUGCUCCACUGAGAGCGCCAUGUCGGCCCACAAUUUCGUGGUGCGCGAUUACCCGCUGCUUGAGGGCAUUGGUGCCGGCGAGUUUGUCAGCUCGAGCACGUUCAGCGUCGGCGGCUACGCGUGGACGAUCAAGUUCUACCCCGACGGGGAGCAGAAAGACAAAUCUAGCGACAUGACCUCCUGUUAUCUGUAUUGCACCAGCAAAGCGAACAACGUGAGGACGCGCUUCUCCUUGGACGUGGUGGAGAAAUUAGACGUGUUAAACAUUUUAACAGAUACAUCCAAAGCUAACCAUGUCCGCAUAUCCCUCGCCACCGCCCAGAAAGGAACCCAAUCCGCCUCUGUGUACUUUGAGCACAUGCGCGGUCUCGCCGAUGAGCUAGCAGCAGCAGGAAAACCCAUCACAGAGAAUGAACUCGUCUCCCACAUCAUAUCCGGUCUUGACAUGGACUAUCAGCCAAUAAUCUCUGCACUUGAUGUGCGUCCUGAUGAUGUCACAGUCGAUGAGCUCUUCGGCAUGGUGGCCACUUUCGAUCAGAGGGUCGAGAUGUUCCAGGGCACGGGCGCUGGUGCCUUCAAAUCAUCGGCAAACGCCGCAUCACGCGGCCGAGGAGGUGGCUCGGCCAAGGGCUAUUGCGGCGGUGGUAGCCCCUACCCCAACAACGGCGUCGGCGGCGGAGGCUACCCCAACAACGGCGACAGCGGUGGUCGCACUGGAAACGGUGGCGGCAGCCACUACCCCAACAAUAGCGGCGGCGGCGGAGGCUACUAUGGUGGUGGCGGUGGCGACCACGGCAACCACUAUCAGGGAGGAGGCCGACCCUUCUACACCAACAAUAGGGGCGGCCAAAACCACUACAACAACAAUUUUCGCGGUUGGGGGUACCAGAGAUAUGUCCAGAAAUCGACGGUUAGAGCUCUGUCGGAUGCCAACAACGGCCGUUUCACGAUAAGAUGCGUUCUCCAGGUCAUACAUGAAACUCGAACGGUGCGCAACAGGAGACCUGUCGAGGUGCCGCCGCCGAGCCUGCGAGAGAGCCUUGAGCACAUGCUCAAGGAUGAAGAAGGUGCAGAUGUGAUGUUCAGUGUGCGCGACCAGCUGUUCAGAGCCCAUAGAUGUGUGUUGGCUGCACGUUCUAAGGUUUUCAAGGCCGAGCUCUUUGGACCGAUGAAGGAAAGCAAGACAGGGCACAUCAUGGUGGACGACAUGGAGCCCGAGGUCUUUGAGGCACUUCUUCACUUCAUGUACACGGACGCUAUGCCAGAUGACGAUGAAGACGAAGGCAAAAUUGUAAGGCUACAACACUUGCUAGUUGCCGCGGACAGGUACGGAGUAGAUAGGUUGAAGGUCAUGUGUGAAGACAAGCUCUAUGAGGGCAUUGAUGUCGAGACAGUUGCAACCACGUUGCUUCUAGCAGAGCAGCAUCACUGCGAGGAUCUUAAGGAAGCUUGCAUUCAGUUUAUAAGUUCACCACGGGACAAACUACGUGCUGUCAUGGCAACUAAUGGAUUCAAGCAACUUGUAGCUAGUUGUCCUUUGCUCAUGGAGGAUAUACUGAAGGGGGUGUCCUGCACCUAG